AUGGCUGUGUUUUCUUCAUUACUCGCCCUACACUCGGACCAUGGGCUGGUCCCAGCACUCGUUGCUGCGGCUCUUGUGGCUAGCACCGCGCUGAUUCGGUUCAUCGUGUCUUAUACGCGAGCUCGUCUCCAGUUCCCUGGGCCCCCAGUCAAGAAUGUCUUUCUGGGCAAUCUUGACCAGACUAUGGGAAAUGACGUACAUGAAAAGUGGAUUGACUGGAACCGAGAGUAUGGUCAGAUCUUUCAGACUUGGAAUGGUCUAUUCUCCCGCGUGAUCUAUAUUGGAGACCCAGCAGUGGUUGCUGAAAUUGCAACCUCCAACUGGCCCAAGUCUGCUCCUCAGUACGAUGGCUUCAAACCCCUAGAUGGCGACGCGUUGUUUGUGCAGACGAAUCAAGAGAGAUGGAAGAUGCAAAGCAAGCGCCUUGCUCCAGCCUUCCAGCCAAGUGUUAUCCAACAGCAAUACCCCUGCCUCGCAAAUCAUAUAAAAAACUAUGUCCGGCAACUUGACCGCGCUGCAAAAACCAAGAGCGUCAUUGACCUCUCAGGACUCAACAUUCUCCUCUCACUGGAUUUCAUUGGUGACAUUGCAUUUGGAACAAGCUUCAAUGCGAUCAACCAAGGCCAGGACUGCCGUAUCGCACAACUACUAGAGAUGAUUCUCCCAGAAUUGAUGAAGUGUGGUUUGUUUCCUCUCCGCGGAAAGAUUCCCAUCUUCAAGGCUACCAGGAUCAUGAACAGAGCGAUCACCGAGCUACGAGACAUGGCGAAGGACGCCGUGAAAGACGCCCGUUCAAAAGAGGCUGCUGAGAGCGACAAGAAGCCCGAAAAGAAGAUUUUUGAGAUCUUGGCUUUACAACGAGAAGCAGAUGGCAACUACACGUUCAAUUCACAAGAACUCUGUGAUAACUAUGUUGCAUUCUUGGUAGCAGGAGGAGAUCCUACCGCACAUACCAUGUCUUUCUUGGUUUGGCAAGUGCUUCGCAACCCGACCAUUUUCAAGCAUCUGCGUGAAGAAAUUGACGCCUCAAUUCCCUUCGAGGCCGAAGUCGCAACCCUAGAGCACGUCAAGCUGCCGUACUUGAAUAUGGUGCUGAAGGAAACACUCCGAUUCAGCUCUCCCGGCUUUGGGACUUUCCGUACUUGCGCCAAGGAUACGACCGUGGCGGGCGUGACAUUGCCGGCGAACACAACCCUUGCGCUAUGGAAUCCCGCAGUACAUCGUGACCCUAGGCUAUGGGAAGACCCUGACAAGUUCGAUCCCGAACGGUGGCGAUCCGGACAGACGAAACCGCGGGGAACUUACUUCCCCUUCUCAUACGGCCCAAGAAGCUGCACUGGACAAGGUCUCGCCAUGCUUGAAAUGACACUGACGCUAGCCACCCUAUUCCGUCACUUCGAGAUAAGUCUCGAACCAGGUUUUGAGCUAGAAUACCUCCCCAGUUUCACGCUGAAGCCCAAGAAUGGAUUUCCCAUUCGUGUGACUCGCCGCACAAGCUAGAACAUUGCUGUCAGGCGAGGACAUUGUCUUGGAAAUAUGUGCACCAUUUGGCGUCACACGCGGCGAGCUGAGGGCCGAAAAGCCACAUAUCUAUCGAACGGCAUUGGUGUAGCGUGGUACAUGGUACUAGGUCUAGGUAGAUAUAUAGGUAUGACGGUCUUCGAAGGGGGGUGGGGUCAGUCGGAGAGCACAGAGAAAAAGCAAAAUGCAACGGCAGGUUUGAAAAAAAAAUUUACAUCGAAUGACAGGCUUACCCUCUUCGUGAGCCGAGGGAGGAGCCGAUGUCGCACUCCGUGCUAUGUGACACGGGGGAAUCAUGGGAUAUCUCGAACCACACGGCACGGGAGAGAUCUGACGGGUCACUGAAGGAUUCAAAAGGGGUAAACGCGGUAUAGAAUGAAAAAUGGUCUGUUGAUCUUCUCAUGGAAAAGCCGUGAUUAUCAAUAUUAGCCAGAUGCUUCCUCUCUCUUUCUCGUCGCCAAAGGCGGGAAAGCUACUUAGAGAUCAUUUAGCUACAUGGGAUAAAAUAGAACCUUUUGUGAGUUG